AGCCAGGCAUUCAAGGCCCGCCCCGCCGCCGCCGCCGCCGCCGCCAUCUUCGAUCUUCCUCCCCCCUCCCUUCCAGUGCGCGCGGCCGGCAGGCAUUCCGUCGAACGCCUCCGGCGCGCACCCCCCCUCCCCCUCCCCCCACCACUCCCGCGGUCGAGUCAGUCCCGGCGUCCACCCCCCUCUCUUCGGAGCAGGACUCCCUUCCCGUGACGAACUAGCCGCUCUUCUCCGUCCGUCUCCGUGUGGGCUUCCCUCCCUCCUCCAGACCGUGUUCGACUCCGCCACCCCUCCGAUCCCCCGCAGUAUACUAUAUAAGCAGCAGCCACCACCAGAUUACCAAACCGGUUUCGAAUUCGCCGGAUUUCGGGUGCGGCCGCGAGAUUACCGUCGUGUGUCGUGUUCGCCGGAGAACUUUCGCCGUCGCCGCCCGGAUUGGUGUUGCUGAGUGGUGACUGGUGCGUGGCGCUGACGGUUGGUCAGAGGGGGCAAUGAUGGUGGGGUCCGACCAGAUCAGCGAAUUCUGCAGGGCGCUCGGGGGCGACACGCCGAUACGCAGCGUGCUGGUCGCCAACAAUGGGAUGGCCGCCGUCAAGUUCAUGCGCAGCAUCCGCGCCUGGGCCUCCGAGACCUUUGGCACCGACAAGGCCGUCCUCCUGGUGGCCAUGGCUACCCCGGAGGAUCUCCGGGCCAAUGCGGAGCACGUGCGGAUCGCCGACCAGUUCCUGGAGGUCCCUGGUGGAACCAAUAACAACAAUUAUGCAAAUGUGCAGCUCAUUGUCGAGAUAGCAGAGAGGACCCGGGUUUCUGCAGUUUGGCCUGGCUGGGGUCAUGCCUCUGAGGACCCAGAGCUUCCGGACGCGCUGGAGGACCUUGUAAAUCUAUUUUUGAUAUUAAUAUGGAGGUUUACGGGAACUAACUUUUGAUGUGACGUCGCUGGAGGACCCUUCCCUGACCACAGCGCGUGGAGAAAGGUGCGCCUCUCGAUGAGUUUAGCUGUUGGCAAUCGUGCGCUUCUAAAACUUGCAGUCCAUUGUAAGGCGUGGGCUAAUUUCGUAGCCCUGAUAUUGAGAGAGGCUGGUAUUGUGGUUUUAGGGCCAUGGGGGAUCCAUAACUAUAAGUUCCGUGGCUGAUCUGAUUUGCUGUAAUGUAACUGUAAUAGUCAUCUUACGCUGAAAGCUUUGCUCACGGAACCGAACUCAAAUUUAUUCACUCAGUAAAAGUUGUUGGCAGAUUAUAUGCUGCCCAUACGUCAAAUCUGCAGAUUUGUUAUAUAUUUCCAGAUGCAACAAAAAGAAGGAAGAAAAUACUAUAAACAAAUAUCGUU